AGGCACAGAACCAUGAAACAAUAUAGGCUGAUUCAUUCAAGAUUAGUUGGAUUUGUUUUCUUUCUUUUAUCAUCCUUUAGUAUAUUUUUUGUGACCACCACACAUUCCCAAGUGAUCCACCACCGACGUCUAUGGCCACGUCCACUGCCAGAAUCAGGGCCAGGCCCACCACCCGAACCAUCUCCAACACCACAUAACAAAACCAUACCGGCAGUGUUCUUUCUUGGGGAUUCAAUCAUAGAUACGGGAAAUAAUAAUAAUCUAUCAACGGAAAUGAAAUGUAAUUUUCCUCCAUAUGGUAAGGAUUUUCCAUUGGGAGUUGCCACUGGUAGAUUCAGCAAUGGAAAGGUCGCUUCCGAUUAUAUAUCUGAAUAUUUGGGAGUAAAACCGAUAGUACCGGCAUAUUUGGACCCCAAUGUACAACUUGAAGAUCUUCUCACCGGUGUAUCAUUUGCUUCAGGUGGUAGUGGCUAUAACCCUUUGACACCCAAACUAUCUAGUGUAACGCCAAUGUUGGACCAAUUGACAUAUUUCCAACGACACAUAGCGAGAGUAAAGAAGUUAAUAGGGAAAGAGGAGACCGAUCAACUUUUAGUGAAGGGCUUAUCCGUUGUGGUCGCAGGCAGCAACGAUUUGGUUAUUACAUACUACGGUCAAGGGGCACAAUGGCUCAAAGAUGAUAUUAACUACUAUACUUCAAAGAUGGCUAAUUCUGCCGCAAGUUUUGUCAUGCAACUAUAUGAAUAUGGAGCAAGACAAAUAGCAGUGUUAGGAACACCACCACUUGGCUGCGUACCAUUACAAAGAACUCUAAAAGGAGGUCUUCAUAGAGACUGUGCUGAAGAUGUAAACUAUGCUUCUCAGCUUUUCAACGCCAAGCUCUCCAUCACUUUGGACCAAUUAACAAAAACCUUACCAAACUCCAAUAUCAUAUACAUUGACAUAUACUCUGCUUUCAGCCAUAUCAUAGAAAACGCAGCAGAUUAUGGGUUUGAAGAAAUAAAGAAAGGUUGUUGUGGAACUGGAUUUGUGGAAGUUGGUCCACUUUGCAAUCGGUUCACACCAUUUGUGUGCUCCAAUGUUUCUGCUUACAUGUUUUGGGAUAGUUUCCAUCCAACCCAAAGAUUCUAUAAAAUCUUAACCAAGAUACUUGUUGAGAAAUACAUCCACAAAUUAAAUUGAGUGGUAGAUCACAUACAUUAUUUGUAUACAUUUUCUUUAAGCUCAUGUAAUUAUAUA